GAGUUUGUUCAGGAAGUAGCGGUGUUGGUACUGGUUUCCUUUACAAUCAAUGAAAACCGGGAUAUUGGUCCCAACAGGAAAUUUACCCUAUCCUCUAAACAGAGGGAGGGCUUUGGGAACUUUCACCCGCCCUGUUCUUUUCGACAUUAGUCUCAAGUUCUGAGCCUAGAGUUGGAACUCAUUGAUAGAUUUCAAAACCAUGUGGUGUUCAGACAUUGGAAUAAUGGUUUCAGUUUUAUCUGUAUGCUGAAGUCGAAUCGCUUUCAUAUUGUCACAGUAUUAGAGUGAUGCUUUGUGUAUGAAUCUCCUGGUCUGAACAAUGACUACAAGUUUUGUUGGCUAGAGUCUCUGGGAUACGAGUCUACUUUUGAUGGUAUUGCUGGUUGCUGCUCGCCACCUUAAACCAGUUUGUGAAUGAACCACCAACCAUAUUGCACCGUCAUCAGUUAAAAUGAGUGGAAGGGCAUAUAACAGCAUUCUAGACAUGACAACCGCAAUUGGAAAAGCCCAGCAUUACAUCAUUGCGUUUUUAUAUUAGUCAAGAAAUGUGUUGUUUGGAUUCCGUUGACAUGACAUGGAUUCAACUGGACUAUGAUUGAUUGAGCAGUUUAUGUUAGGAUUGUUAUUUCAUUUUCUUGGUUUAUAAAGAAAUCAUCCAAGAUUGGAGUACCGGGAAUAUUUCACUCACCUUAAAUCCCUAGGGAGUAUGUAAUUUUCAAAGAGGAAUUCCUGUAUUUCUGCCCUACAUUUUGUUUAAUAAAACACCAGGUUUCUACGGUUUAUUAAUGUUUUGAGUUCUACAGUCAUAUUCUGAUACGCAAUCACCAAGGCAGAAGAACAAAAAAAUCACUGGAUAUAUUCCCAAUAUUACCUCAAGAAUUCAAAGUACUCUUUGAGUUGUAGAUAUUGUAAACUCAAUGGUUCUAGGAAGAAACAUGACAGUGGAAUGUGAGGGCAACCAGUUGCCAAUUGGGACAGUAGAUGGUAAAAGGAGAUGGGAUACCUCAGACUUGCAGCUUGCCCCACACCUAUCUGUUUCAACGUGUCUUGACCCAAUAGAGGGAAGAGUCAAUUCCGUCAGAAAAUCAUUGCAUGGUAAACCACAACCUUCAACAGGUAUAGAGGAGAGGAGAAGCACGUUAACACCCAAAGAUAGUAAUGCUUCAGAAGACGUUUCAGAUGGAGGCCCUCAAAGAAGGGGUGUCUGUAGGACAGAUUCAAUGUCAAUAGAAGGACAAGGGUUACAGGUGACACCUCUGCCUGGCUCUCAUCCCCUAGUAGUUUUUGUGAAUCCUAAGAGUGGUGGCAGGCAAGGCGAAAGGAUCAUGAGAAAAUUCCAGUAUCUUCUGAAUCCUAGACAAGUGUAUGAUCUGAGUAAAGGAGGACCUAUGCCUGGGUUGAAAUUCUUCAAAGAUGUACCAAACUUCAGGGUUCUGUGUUGUGGAGGUGACGGUACUGUAGGAUGGGUAUUAGAUUGUAUAGAUAAGCUGUCAAUAGAUCCCAGACCAUCAGUAGCUAUUCUUCCUUUAGGUACAGGCAAUGAUCUAGCUAGGUGUCUCAACUGGGGUGGAGGUUAUGAUGGAGGUAGUCUACCCAAGAUUCUAAAGGACAUUGAGGUGUCUGGUGCAGUUGAAUUAGAUAGGUGGCAGAUAGAAUUUAGCACGCAAGAUACAGGAGAACAAGGAGAUCCAGUUCCAUACAACAUCAUAAACAACUACUUUUCAAUAGGAGUGGAUGCAUCAAUAGCUCACAGAUUCCACACAAUGAGGGAAAAGCAUCCAGAGAAGUUCAACAGUCGGAUGAAGAACAAGCUUUGGUAUUUUGAGUUUGGUACCUCAGAAACAUUUGCCUCAACAUGCAAGAACCUUCAUGAAGAUAUUGAUAUCAUGUGUGAUGGGGUAUCCUUGGACCUUGCACUGGGUCCAUCACUAGAGGGUAUCGCCGUGCUGAACAUCCCCAGUAUCUACGGGGGCUCCAACCUGUGGGGAGACACACCCAGCAAGAAGAAACAACGCAAGCUAGAGAAGAAACUUUACAGGAACAGGGAUAGACAUGAUAGAGGUGGUGACAGCCAUUCCACUGUUGGUCUUACACAAUCAAACAUUGACCUCAUGUUUGCAAGGCAGUCAAUAGGAGACAAGUUGCUAGAGGUCGUGGGCCUAGAGGGCUCACUUCAUGUAGGUCAAGUCAAGGCCGGUAUUAGGUCAUCGGGUCGAAGGUUGGGUCAAUGUCAGACUGUCACUAUCAGGACGAAAAAACGAGUGCCCAUGCAGAUUGAUGGAGAACCAUGGCUUCAACCUCCAUGCACGAUAUCAAUAACACACAAGAACAGCACACCUAUGCAGAAAGGACCUCCACCAAAGAAAAGUUUCUCUGGAAUCAGAAAACUGUUUGGCAAGGGGAGCAUCGAUGCAGAUGAGAGUAGUGAUGUGCAUCUAUGAGACUAGAAAGAUGCAAGAGACACAUCAAGAUUGGAUCUUUAAGGGACGCACUCCGCGGCGUUCCCUCCAAUCUCUUCAAAUAUUGCCUUCCAUUCCUGAGUGCGAGAGAGAACAAGAGUGAAAAAAUGCCACAAGGUGUAAAGAUGUGUUUCACCCAAAUUGGAGAGAUGCAGAUUAAGUGGAGUUGAUCCUUUAUGACUAAUGAUGUUGGUGAUGAUGAUGAUGAUGAUGAUGAUGAUGAUGAUGAUGAUGAUAAUGAUAAUGAUGAUAAUGAUUGUAGAGUUUGAUAUAAAGGGCAAAUUUGGACUUCAGAGGUGGGUAGUAUAACAUAGACAAAGCAAGUGGGAAAAAAGGCCAUCUGCAUUCCAUCCAAUGGUUCAGAGGUAUUCCACUCUGUUUUCUGAUGAGAGGCAAUUCUAAGCGAUUCGACACAACUCUUGAAUGUAUUCUAGAUGUUCAUGGACAGCGUUUGGUAUUACUUGUAAUGAAGAGAAUUUUAUGAGGAUAUAGUCUGGGAUGAAAUAUAAUGAAGCACUAUUCAUUGUAUUAAACCAUUUUAUAUAUCUUUAAGAAGUGACAGAUAUUUGCAUCCACAAAUAUAUGUGCUGAUUGUACAUGUAAUUGGUGCUGUGGGGAUCUUAAAAAUCUAUGUAAAAUCUCAGAAUAUUGUCAGAAUCGGAUGCAAACAGACUCUUUGAUUUGUCAGGAAUUCCACUAAGCCAAGGUAUUAAGUCUGGUGUGACAGAGAGAUAUUUCUAUCAUCAGAAGGUGCAAUGAAAAGAAACAUAAAUGGUUUUCAAGUGUCAAUGAGAGUUCAUUCCAUAUGUGAUAUGAUAUUUGAAUAAUUAACAAAAUUAGUCUUCUGCAACAGACUUUUAACAGUGUGAAGGAAGCUAUGUGCUCUGGUUCAAUCAUGCAUGUUGCUUCUUUUUUAUAUUUUGUCGUGUAAAAUCCUAUUUUUAUUUUGUGUGUAUAUUUUGUAUAGAAUGUGCUUGCUGGAUGUCAAGACAUAUAUAGAGAAUAUUAUAUGUAUUACUGAAUAUCAAAUAAUUUGGGGAAAUUCCUUAUGCUUGAAUAGUGGUCAACUUAUUCUUACAAAGUUUAGUUCUAAAUGCAGGAUUCUUAUUAAUUGUCUGAAUAAUUUUCAGUGGAUUGAAAUAAAAAGGUAAAAAAUAAACAUCUGAUAAAUUUGACACUCAGAAUAUAUCCAUGAAAAACUGGAAAGGAAAACAGAAUCAACAAAUGACCAUAUAACGACUUGGCAUUAAGCAAUUAUAGCUGUCCUAAUGAAGCUACAUGUUCUGUUUAUAAGAAAAAAGAAAUAAAGUUGUUUAGUAUUCUGAAGAAAAAAAAUGAAAAUCAAAAUGAUAUCAUUAAAAUGUUCAUGAAGAAUAAUAAUCAUAGUAUGUCAAUACAUACUUUUACACAACACUUUUGUAAUACUCCAUUAAUGUAUCUAAACAUUGUGAUCCAAAUAUAUCUUAAGUUUUUCUAUUCUUACUUUUUUAUUUUUUUUAUGUUUUUAAAUCAAUUUGUCAGUUUGCAAGUGCUGAUUCUGAGUGAAUUUGACAGCCUUUUAUUUUGUUUCAAAUAUAUUUGAUAACAUUUGUAAUAAUGUACUUUGUUCCUCUAAUAAUGUUUAUUAAAAUCUUUUGUUUGGUUUGCAGUGUGAAGUUAUGUGAGAUAUAUUAGUAUCACUUGUCUUUCCAUAUGUUUAUAUGUAGAUGUUUUCAAUGAAGAUAUAUGUACAUUAUGUUUCCUUUAUACUUUUUAUCAGUUUCAUAUCAACACCAUAUUCUUGAGUCUGUGGCUUCACUUCUCAUCAAAAGCAGAAAUAUUAUGUAUAUGGAUGUCGGUGGAGGUUUGCUAGUCAUAUUAUUUAUAUAUAGAUUGAUUUGUACUCAAAUGUUUCUAUUUGGAAGAAAUCACCAUUGUAUUGUAAGUAUUUUGUUUUUAUUUGAAAUUAUGUUAAGUGAUUUUUUAAUCGUGUUCACCCACUUUACGAGGAUAAAUAUUUAUUUCUUGUUUCAUUUUAUUCAGGAAUUUCGAUAUGAAUAAUGAUGAUACCUUGGCUAUCUGAUUAUUUAUUGGUAUUGAAGCCUUUGCGUUUUCAGUGUUGAUUUUUUUUCUCAGUUUGCAAAAAUAAAAAUGUUCCAUUGUAUUGGCUAAGUUUUAUUUUACAAGCACAUACUGCAUUACCCUCAGUGUGUAUUUCUAAAAUAGCCAUCCCACUCAAUCAAUUCUUAUGGGAAAAGGCCCUUCUGAUACUAUUAUCUUUUCUCACAUUUUGUUUGGAAUUCUUAGUAUAAUCUACAUCACAAAAUUAUUGCUUUGAAAUGUAAUCAUAAUCAUCAUUUAUAAUCAUUGACAAAUAUACAAAAAAACAUUAUAAUGCGGAGAGUUGGUAUAUAAUUUUGUUUUCUUCUUAAGCUGGAUGUUAUAAUUGGUUACUGGUACUCUGAGCUUUCUGUAUGAUAUCAAUUUUUUUAUUUAAUGAUAUCAGUUGUAUUAGCUUUGUAGAUUCCAAAGCAUUUUAUCACAUUAUUUAACUAUUUGUCUGAGCUGGUUUCAGCAAUUGAAUUUUACCAAUAUAUUAGCAGCUAUAAAAGUGGUGUAUAUACAAUAAGAAGUCUCUCUUUAUGUAGAUCAUAGUUCUGUGUUAUGAAACAUUUUGUAUUGUUUAACAUUUUGUUUUUUUUAAUUUUGAUGAAUAUGGCCUUUAAGAGAAAAUUUUAAGGGAAAUGCUAUUUAAGGUUAAGAUUAAAUAUCAACAUGCUAACGUGGAGUAUAAACCACCUUGUAUAACUUUGCUUUUUUAGGUACAACAAGAGAUUCAUGAUUUGUAUUGAUAUUUUGAAAACAUUUGAUUGUUUAUUUUUCUUUGGUGUGUAUAAUUUGUAUUGGGCUGUCAAGAUUUGAAAUCAGUGUCGCUUUAAAAAAAAAGUUAUCCCCCAAACUUUCAGGAUAGUAAAUAAUCAUUUUGUUUCCUGCUAUUUUAGUAUGCUAGUUUAGCACAUUUGCUUUUUCUUUUGCUCUUAUCAUUUUUCUUGUCAACUUUUACUCAUUAUUCCCUAUCUCUCAAUACUUCUCUAGAUGAUCUAUUCACUUCUCUCUCCAAUCUUUCUCUCUCUCCCUCUCUCCUUUUCCCUCUCUCUCUCUGCUUCUCACCCUCUCCUAUAUCAUUGAAUUUAGAAUCAUUUAAUUUAACUUUAGAAAUAAAAUGCCAUACCUCACUUUGACUCAUUUGAAGGCACCAAUGUUUUUAACACAAGAAUAUUUAUGUUAUAGUUUUGUCUCGUUUCUUUUUUAUUAUUUAAUAACUGUGUUAUCCUCUCAAAAUUAGAUUAUAUGUAGUAGUUUUUUUUCAAAUCACUGCCCACUUGUUCUUUGUAUUCAAGUGGUAUGUAAAUGAAACAUAAUUUAGGAAAGGGGUUUGGGUAAAAAAAGAUCAAAUUUGUGUUUUUAUUGUAGUCUUCCUCUUAAAAAAAAAAGUUUUUAAGAGUGUGUGCAUUAGAAACAAGGCACUUGAUAUAAGAACCUAUGUUUCAUGAGGCCCUGCCCACAUGAAUGGUAAUAUUGCCUCCAAUAAAAACCAUGGUAAAUACAAUGUGUUAGACAUUGUCUACCACUAGUACUUCAUUUACCUUACCAUGUAUCUGUUGAACUUCACCCUAUAUUUCCAACUAUCAUUCUAGAAAAGUCUUGAGAUUUGAAUGCAUUGUGACUUUACAAGCAGGUUUUUUGUUUAAGACUGGGUAUCAUUAACUGCCCAUUUUCAUGAUCUGAUAUGUAUAGCAAGGUCUUGGCUAGAAUUAAAAAAAAUUGAAUAUUUUAAAGGGUAUUUUUAACCUGAUAUUAA